GUUGAGCUUGAGAGUUGUGAGAAUUGUGGACAAACCACGGGAUAAACAUCAUCCCUGCGAUUGUCACUAUUUAGUUUUUACAUAAUCAAUCAAUUCCCUUCAAAUGUCGACUCCACCAGUUCAUGCGGAACGCGACUUGGAUUUGAGUAAUGCAGGACGUGGAGUGUGGCUUGUUAAAGUGCCUAAAUAUAUUGCUAAUAAGUGGGAAAAGGCACCUGGUAACAUUGAGGUUGGAAAGCUCAAAAUAACAAAAAAUCCUGGGCAUAAAGCAGAAGUGUCCUUGAAAUUAUCAGAAGCUGUUCUGGCACUCAAGGAGCCAGAUGAGGAAGAUAUACCCAAACAGCACAGACUCGAUGUUUCCACAGUUAGCCAUCAAACACUAGGAGUUUUUUCCCAUGUAGCUGGGUCAAAUAAUUCUGAUGCUGUUGUGCCUGAGUCUGAGAAGCUCUACAUGGAGGGGAGAAUUGUACAGAAAUUAGAAUGUCGACCAAAUGCUGAUAAUUGUUACAUGAACCUCAAGAAAGAAAGUAUAAAACGUGCCUCAGUCCCUGUGAGACAGAUCCAGCAGCUGGACAGGGUUGUGCAGAACUUCAAGCCAGUUUCUGAUCACAAACACAAUAUCGAGUAUGCAGAGAAGAAGAAGGCGGAGGGCAAGAAGAUGAGGGACGACAAGGACGCUGUGAUGGACAUGCUCUUCGCUGCAUUCGAGAAGCAUCAGUACUACAAUAUCAAAGACUUGGUUAAAAUUACGAGACAGCCGAUCGUGUACCUCAAGGAAAUACUCAACGAGGUGUGCAAUUACAAUCUGAAGAAUCCCCACAGGAAUACGUGGGAGUUGAAGCCAGAGUAUCGUCAUUACAAAGUCGACAAGCCAGUGGAGGCAACUCCCAAAGAGGCCUCAGACGACUCCAGCUAGUCCUUCGUAUUUUUCCUCACCAUUUCGGGAGUUUUUUCGUGGGGGGAACCCCCCAGUGGAAGCUCGUGAUGUUAAUAGGCAUUUUUAUAUUACUUAAUUAAUUAACUAAUUAAUUAAAAGCUGACUAAAACUAUUUUCUCAGGGAUUUGUGGUAAAUUUAAUAGUUCGGUUUCGUCAGACGUUGGCGAAACCUUCGAACAGGAGAGUUCUCGCGUCUUUGGUCACGAUAUUUAAGCUCAAUUUCUCGUUCGCUUUGACGAAUAGGACAGAGCCUGUGGAGUAGAUCUGAGAGUUCACCUCCACUGAGCCUUCGAUUAUUAUCAGUAUUCCAGCUGAGUUUCUUGGAGGGAGGUCGUACGAUGUUGUGCCAGGAGGAAGCUGUGAAAGAAUAAUAUUUGUGAGAAGAUUUUUCUAUGUCAGUAUUCAACGAGAGAUUCAAUAAAUUGAUUUUUUUA